ACGUACAGUAGUGUGUAACCAUACAAGCGUCUAAUAGAUUCAGAUGAUUCUCAUGUAAACAUGGCGAAAACUUGUGAACAAAUUUGGGAAGAAUUUAAACAAAAUCUCGGACUUGUCAUAAACGAAAUCGACGAGUUUGAAGGCAAACAUGAAGCUGCUUCAAGUUUUACCUUGGAAGGAUUCUGGCAACAACUGGAUUCAGUUAACAAGGCGGUAUCUCAUGAAGCCACAAAGCUCAGCCUGGCAUACUCCCAUUCCCCUCCACCCAGCCCUGAAGAGUGUCAAAGCCUCCUUGCUUCUGUGGAGAAAACAAUGCUUGACUUGGUGCAUCUGUACUGCAGUCUUCCAAAAUCAUGUGGUGUGACUCUCUGCAGGACAGUGAAGCAGUCUGUCAAGCAGCUGUCAGAACAGAUGAAGACUCUGGCUGAGAUGAUAUCUGGUCAUUACACAGGGAGCCCGGAGCAGUUUCAGCAGACGGGGCUGGUGUGGCAGGAGAGUGCCCUAUUUCAGGCACUGCCCCACGACAACAAGGCUGCAGUCCUGUCUGUGCUGGAUGCCCAUGUUCCCAUGGUGGACGACGCACAUAAUGAACUCACCGAGGCAUUAAACUGUGACGAAGAUGACGACGGUCUGGAUGAGUUUCUUGGACUAGAUCUCAACACGUCAAACAGCCAGUGGAACGAGGCCGACAAGAAUGUGGCCCAGUACUGCCUUGGGCUGAUCAAGUGCUCUAAGUCCCUGCUGAAGAAAGCACGGUCCUCCAUUGGUGCUAAUGGUGAUCCAAGCACAGAGGCAGGCGUUGUGGAGUUGGACCACCUGGCUGAGCUGAUAGAGAGACUGAGUCCGGCUGUGGAUGAGCUUGCGUCUGGCGUGUACCCACCACUGCGUAGGGAUGUCGUUGCAGCGAGGGCACAAGAUGUUAAAAAGGCAAAUGAUGACGCUUUAAUAUUUUUGAAGAAGAGUCAUGUGACAACGGAGGACGAUCAGAAGUGGAUUGAGUUUCUGAAGAGAGCAAACUCUCACAACAUGAACAAACUGGAGUGCGCUCUCAGUGUCACAUGAUCAGUAAUGGGAAUAUUAUACUUGUGAAAGCUUUCAAAAUAACAACUUCAAAUACUGAUCUGCCAUCUGGAGCUUUUAAUUUUUAAGAACCAGUGCUGAUUGUUUGAAGUACCAAAUUGACUUAUAGCCACACAUGAUAUGCUCACACUAUUCACGGACCUGGACUGAAUAUUAAAAUGAUGGUUUUAGAACAAUUGGGAGUUAGAGUGAGCAAUAUCAAGUCUAAGUUGCGAAAGUGUUUAAUUUGUAACAUUUAUAAAUUUUAUCAAGACAUUUAAAUAAGUCCUUAGUAAUAAAAACAUUAUUUGAUGGGUACUAAGGCAAAGAACAUCAAACCUAUAUAACUAUGAAUAAUAGUUGUAUUGCUACAACUUUAAUAUGACUAACAGUACCAGAGAGAUUUGUAUAAAACACACCCUCUUGCAUUCAGCAUAUAGUGCUAUUUUGAAUGCGUUACACUUCCUUGAUGAUUGAUUACAAAGAAUGUUGAUCAUCUUUGGAAGUAGAAAUUGUGUCCAUUUUCAUUUUUCCAUAUAAGAAAAAUUGAUGAUUUAAAUUGUCGAAGGUAUUCUAUAUAUUUGUGUUCAUUUGAUAAAUCAAAUAUAUGUCCUGCAUGCUUUUUUGGAGAUUAAAUUUUCAGUUAUAUGUUUUUAGAAAAUCUUUUUCAGUUAUAUGUUUUUUAGGAAAUCUUAACAUACAUUACUCCUGUCCAUACUCCAAGCUUAUGGGUUUUAUUUGUAUGGCAACGGAUUGUUAUUGAUAGUUUUUGUUGAAUAUAAUAAAGACUGUAAACCUU